AUGGCGUGCGGUGCAGCCUCGUCGCUAUAUGGUUGCUCAACGAAGCGACCGACGUCUCUUUUUGGCAGAAGUUUUGGGGCGCUGGCAUUUUUUCUACCCUUUUUUGGUGCUCUUUCAUCUAGCUACGGAGCAUUUUGUUCUCGUUCUCCAUCUCCUCCAUUUUCCUCAAAAUGGCUCAUGACUCAAUUGAAGCGGCCAUUUGAUUCUUCCCACGAACAAUCCUUUGAUCAAUCCCAAGUUCUUGGAAGUGGUUUGGGCGGAGGAGAAGGUGGCAACAGCGCAGGUGGAGGUGGAGCAGGUGCUAGUGCUAGUACCCAAAAGUUGACAGCUAAAGAUGCGUGGUCUUAUUUGAAGGAGGUCAAGGAGGAGAUGUUUCAAGACCAAAGGGAUAAGUACGACUUGUUCCUUGAUGUUAUAAAAGACUUUAAGGCUCGAAGAAUUGAUACUGCGGGUGUGAUAGCAAGAGUGAAAGACUUGUUUAAAGAGCAUCCUAAAUUGAUCCUUGGAUUCAACACUUUCUUGCCCAAGGGCUAUGAAAUAACCCUCAAUGAAAAAGACGAGCCUCCUCCAAAGAGAACUGUUGAGUUUGAAGAAGCAAUCAGCUUUGUGAACAAAACAAGGAAACGUUUCCAAAAUGAUGAUCAUGUGUACAAGUCCUUCCUAGACAUUUUGAACAUGUAUAGGAAGGAGCACAAGGGCAUCAGCGAGGUGUACCUUGAGGUUGCCGUACUUUUUGUGGACCAUCCAGAUUUGCUAGAUGAGUUUACUAAAUUUUUGCCAGAUACUUCAGCUACUGCAACAGCAACGCAAACUGAUAAAAAGAAAUCUUAUGUGAAGGUUGAAGAAUUUGGAGGACCACAUGAAGAUAAAGAUGUCCUGAUUGUAUGA